CCCGCCGCUCCCGCCGCCGGCCCUGCUCGCCGGGAAGAUGGCUGCCGUCCGCAGGGCCCGCAGGGACUCCCGCUGCGUGGUGCGCUUCUCCGACCGAGAACUCUGCUAAGUGCCCCUCGCGGGCAGGGAGGACACACGGACCAAGCGGGGGAGCAGAGCCCCCGGGACGGGACAGCGCCGCCCGCGCGUCGGCAGCAUGGCAGAAGCUGAAGAAGAUUGUCACGCUGAUUUGGUAAGAACUGAUGACAGUGAAAGAUCUGGUGAAGCAAAUCUUCAGGCAGAGCUCCAGAUGUUCAGAGCUCAGUGGAUGUUUGAGCUUGCCCCAGGUGUGAGUUCUAGUGGGUUGGAACCUCUGCCAUGCAGAGCAUCAUCAAGAGAACCUGGACUAAAGUCUGUCGAUGCCAAGGGAAAACAGGAGAUAGCAAAAGAGGAAAAGGCAAAAGAGCUUUUCCUGAAGGCAGUGGAAGAAGAACGAAAUGGGGCCCUUUAUGAAGCCAUCAAGUUUUAUCGUCUAGCCAUGCAGCUUGUACCUGAUAUAGAAUUUAAGAUCACCUAUACACGGUCCCCAGAUGCUGAUGGAGUUGGAAAGAGGUGUGUUGAGGAUAGCAAAGAGGAUGACAAAAUGGCAGAUCUCCUGACAGAUUUCCAGCAGCAGUUAACUCUUCAGGAAUCUUCAGUCAAACUUUGUCAGCCUGAAGUUUAUGUCAACCAGACCCACAUCUCAGCGUUGCCUAUGGAAGUACUAAUGUACAUUUUCCGAUGGGUGGUUUCAAGUGACUUGGAUCUGAGAUCAUUGGAGCAAUUAUCUCUUGUUUGCCGAGGAUUUUACAUUUGUGCCAGAGAUCCUGAAAUCUGGCAUCAAGUCUGUUUGAAAAUAUGGGGCAGGAGCUGCAAUAAACUUGUUCCAUAUGCAUCUUGGAGGGACAUGUUUUUGGAAAGGCCUCGCGUUCGAUUUGAUGGUGUAUAUGUCAGCAAGACAAAAUACAUACGUCAAGGAGAGCAGUCUCUUGAUGGUUUCUACAGAGCAUGGCACCAAGUGGAAUAUUACAGGUAUUUGAGAUUCUUUCCAGAUGGUCAAGUUAUGAUGCUAACAACUCCUGAAGAUCCUCAAUCUAUAGUUCCUCGCUUACGGACUAAAAACACAAGAACAGAUGCAAUCUUGCUUGGCCAUUAUCGCCUUUCCCAGGAAACAGACAAUCAAACCAAAGUAUUUGCUGUAAUAAUGAAGAAAAAAGAAGAGAAACCAGUUGAUUACCACAAAUACAGGUACUUCCGCCGAGUUCCUGCUCAAGAAACCGAUCACAGCUUCCAUGUAGGACUGCAGUUGUGCUCCAGUGGGCGCCAGAGGUUCAACAAACUUGUGUGGAUACAUCAUUCUUGUCACAUCACUUGCAGAUCAACUGGUGAGACAGCUGUUACUACUUUCGACAUUGACAAAAUGUACACCCCUUUGUUCUUUGCACGAGUGAAGAGUUUUACUGCAUAUUCAGAAAAGCCGCUCUAAGAAACACCUUCUCCUCUCACAACUUUUGCAUGAGUAAAAGGUUGUAGCUAAUAAGCACUUAAAUUAUAAAUGUGUAUAUAUUUGGAGCAUUUUAAAAUUCUGGGAAAUUUCUUGAAGGCAGUAUGUUCUGUUUGAUUAAAUUGCUGGUAUUUUGUUUUGAGAUUUUGUUUUGAUUUUUGUUUUGAGAAGCUUAUGAGUGUUAAACACCUUUUAUCUGUGAUAAGAAUUUGAUAAACAAAGUUUUGUUUUGUUGUGUUGGGUUUUUUGGUUUUUUUUUAAUAUUUUUAAAUCAGUUUGCUUAAAAUGUGAAUCUUCAUCUGCCUAGACGCCGAUUCGUUCAAAAGGAAUCAAUAGGAAAAAGUCACUGUUCAUGGGACAGUGUGUAUGGUCUCUGCUGAAGACUUGAAAUGUGAAAAGGGAAAAAAGUUUUCAUCUGUUAAACUCUGUGACCUAAAAGAACUUCAAAUAAAUGUUUUCUUUAAAUUAAACUUA